CAAACUCUCUUGCCCAAUUGCUCAUCACCAGAGCCGUAAGCAUAUCUUCUCAUACUGCCACGUGUCACUCCCAGAGUAACAUCGUUUUAUCUUCUCGAAAGUCACUUGGGUUUGGUUUGUUUGUUUUUUGUCUCCACCAUUCCCUUUAGAGAGCUCUUUCUCUUCUUAUUCGAUCAACCCUCGACUUCAAAAGUAUUGGCAAUGGAGACCAGCGUCAUUAGCUACUCACGUGGGAUCCUCCUCCCAAGCGUCUCUUCUCAAAGAUCCUCUACACUUGUUUCUCCUCCUUCUUCCUUCUCUGCUUCAUCCAGCUUCAAGCAGCGUCUGAAGUCAAGCUCUAUUUUCGGAGAUUCACUACGACUAACACCAAGAUCGCAACUGAAAGCCACGAAGGCGAAGAACAAUGGUGCUUUCACCAUGACCAAGUGUGAAAUUGGUCAAAGCUUGGAAGAGUUUUUGACACAAGCAACACCUGACAAGGGUUUGAGAACUUUGCUAAUGUGUAUGGGAGAAGCAUUGAGGACAAUAGCUUUCAAAGUCAGGACAGCUUCUUGUGGUGGAACAGCUUGUGUUAAUUCCUUUGGAGAUGAACAACUCGCUGUCGAUAUGCUCGCCGACAAGCUUCUCUUUGAGGCUUUGCAAUACUCGCAUGUGUGUAAGUACGCUUGCUCUGAAGAAGUACCUGAGCUUCAAGACAUGGGAGGUCCUGUGGAAGGUGGCUUUAGUGUAGCAUUUGAUCCAUUGGAUGGAUCCAGCAUUGUGGAUACGAACUUCACUGUGGGAACCAUAUUUGGGGUUUGGCCUGGUGACAAGUUAACCGGAGUCACUGGGGCAGAUCAAGUGGCUGCAGCCAUGGGAAUCUAUGGUCCAAGAACCACUUAUGUUUUGGCUGUUAAAGGGUUUCCUGGAACUCAUGAGUUCUUGCUUCUUGAUGAAGGGAAAUGGCAGCAUGUUAAGGAGACAACAGAGAUCAAUGAAGGGAAAAUGUUCUCACCAGGAAACUUGAGAGCCACGUUUGACAACUCCGAAUACAGCAAGCUGAUUGAUUACUACGUGAAAGAGAAGUACACACUACGAUACACGGGAGGAAUGGUUCCUGACGUUAACCAGAUUAUUGUGAAGGAGAAAGGAAUCUUCACGAACGUGACGUCUCCUACGGCUAAGGCAAAGCUGAGGCUGUUGUUCGAAGUGGCUCCUCUUGGCCUUCUCGUUGAGAAUGCUGGUGGAUUCAGUAGUGAUGGAUACAAGUCUGUGCUUGACAAGACCAUCGUCAACCUCGACGAUAGAACUCAAGUUGCCUAUGGCUCAAAGAACGAGAUCAUUCGCUUCGAAGAAACCCUUUACGGAACAUCAAGACUCAAGAAUGUUCCCAUUGGAGCUACUGCUUAGAAACCCUUUGAAAAAACUCAAAAGCAUGUUUGUUUUUUCUUAAGCCGGACAAUCUUCUCUUUUUCUGUUGAGUUAUAUAUAAGAUGCAACAAAACUAUUACCAAACUCUA